AGGUAACGCAGUACGACGACUGUUUACCGCGUAGACUUCAAUAUAAUAUACUACUUACUGAAGGUGUAUAGUUUACAGUAAGUUGUGGGUACCCUUGAAACGACUAUGCAUCACGGCUAAUAUGAAGUAAUGACUAAUCGGGCCUUAGGGGGAGCAGUAAUUGACGGUAGAGACAACUGUCGCGACUCUAUUGGCCCUCGGUAGAUCAGUUGGCUCUAGUCCCCUUUCGUUUUGCUAAUCAAUUCGUAUCGUUAUCAGUGUCUGUGAUUUUCCUACGAAAAUCGAAAUUACCUAUUCCUCAGUUGUCAAUACUCAUAGGUCACCUCGAAGAAAAAUGAAUAAUUUAUAAUAACGCUGUUUAGCGUCCUUUCCGUAGUUCUGCCGUGAAAAAAAAAUCGUAUCGUGAUUAAAAUGCGAUGAUAGCAAUGGGUGUGUACAUAAUAAAUCGAUGAGAUGCUGAAUUUAUCAUAUGGCUUGUAACUGACUGGUAAACAAUCAAAAGAACUCAAGAGACAGACCAAUUAAAUCAUAUCUAUCGAUUAAAAAGAAAAAUAUCCAAUGUGUCAAUAAACAUGGCUUCAGUGUGGAAACGGCUUCAAAGAGUGAAUAAAAGAGCAACAAAAUUUCAAUUUACACUAUCAUAUCAUCAAAUAAUAUGUGAAACUACUUCUAAAUGGACUCCAAACAAAUUGGUUGUUGUGCUAAGUCGUAGAAGUCGUCGUUUUGUCAGUGAAGCAUUACCAUGGGAACCUACAAUGAGAGACCCACUAAGAGGAGUAGUAAUUUGGCCAGUUCCAGAAAAUAAACAGCUGUCCGUAACAUUAUUCAAAGACCCUCGGAGUAAUGAGCACGAAGACAAAGAAUGGACUUUUGCUAUUGAAGAUGUGAGUAAUUUAGGAAAACAUCGACAAAUAGCAGUUGCCAUGCUAAAUAUGAGAAAAUAUGCUAGUGUAGAUUCUACACAAAACCAAAUAACAUUGGUAUUUAAACCUACUUCAAAAAAAAUAACUUCUGCAUCUCUUGAAAUGACCAUAACAAGUGUAUUUUUGAGAGAAGGAAAAGCUACGGAUGAAGAUAUGAUGAGUAUGGCUAGUCUUCUGAGUACAAAUAAUAGUGAUAUUGCCCCCCUUGAAGAUUUUGACGAAGAAGAUAUUGAAGAUUCUUCAUUCAAACAAGAUAUGAACAAUGUAUCAUUUAUGACUAACAAAAUUGAACUUUUAACAAAUAGUUUAAGUGAUCCGGAAAUUAUUGAUAGUUCUGUUGGAAAUGAUUCUUCACAGCAAGGAGAUUUAUCAGAGAAUAACAAACAUUUUAACUUAUCAAUCAACGAUAAUUCAAAUUCUGAAAAUAAUUCUACAUAUAAUAAUCUUUCUUACACAAAUAGUCCUGGUUCUGGAGAAGGCAUGAAGAACACCCGAGCAUCAUUAAAACCAUUAAACUUGAAAGAUGUUCAUACUGAUAGUUCUUCUAAAGGUAUUGAGACUACUACACCUGGUCAAGAUCUACUUGAAUGGUGCAAAGAUAUUACCAAAGGAUAUCCUGGAGUAAAAGUUACCAAUCUUACAACUUCUUGGAGAAACGGCCUUGCUUUUUGUGCUAUAAUUCAUUACUUCCGUCCUGAUAUUCUUGAAUUUGAUGCACUAAAACCACACGAUAUUAGAGGAAACUGUAAAGCUGCUUUUGAUGCUGGAGAACAGUUGGGUAUAUCCCGUGUUAUUGAACCUUCUGAUAUGGGUGUUCUAACAAUUCCUGAUAAAUUAGCUGUUAUGACAUAUUUAUAUCAAUUAAGAGCUCAUUUUACUGGUCAUGAGUUAGAAGUUCAGCAAAUUGGUAAAACAGCAGAUGAAUCAUCAUAUAUGAUUGGCCGAUUCAAUAAUCCUGAUAGAGAUAUAUCUUUUAAGUUAUUUGAAAAAGAGAUUUUUAGGACAAAUGAUUCUAAUGAUAAAGAACAAAAUUCACUUGAAAAUAAUAUAAAUAAAAAAGAUAAUAUUGUCGAUGAUCUGAAUAAUGGUUAUUCCUCAAUAACAUCUACAAAAGAUAAUAUAACAGAUAAAAUUUUAAAUGGUUCAAAAAGUAUUUUUGAUAAAGUAUUAUCUCCAUCUAAAGAAAAAUUAUCUUUUCCUAAGGUGAAAUCGUCAAAAACAUCUCAGAUAACUAAGAGGCAACUUACUGAUCCUUUAACUUCUGAUGAAGACAACUUAUCUCUAAAUUCUAGUGAAAGAAGUAAAAAAUUAACAAGAUCUCUAUCAACUAUUGAGAGCUUAAAAAGUUCAAGUUCAGGUGACAGAACUAGUGAACCAAAGUCAUUACAAGAAACCUAUAAAAACCAUGGUUCCUCUAAACAGAAAAUAACAACUAAUCGUCAUAUUGAGCUUAGAGAAAGAGCUCGUCAGCUUGUAGAACAAGCUCGCCGAGAAGCUGCUAGACGAUCUGUUCCUCAAAUACCUAAUCAGAAUGAAGAAGAAAGGCAGCAGCAGCUAAGAGAUCGCGCUAAAAAAUUAAUAGCUGAGGCUCGUAAAAAUAUUAACACUUCAAACUCAUCAUCUCCAAUUACAAGUCUAAACAAUGGAAGUGCUAGAAGUUCAGUAUCUCCAGUUUCAGAUAGAUCUCAAACUAGUUUGUUUAACCUUGACAAGUCAUAUGAGUCCAGUAAAAAUAGCAGUACUUUAGCUUUAGACUCAAGUAGCCCUCAAAAACUACAAUCUUUCACAUCUUUAUUGGAUGCAAGUUCUGUAUCAAAAGAUAGCUUUAAAGAUGAAAUCAAUUACAUUCAAAAUGAAAUGGAAUCUUUAGAACGUGAACAAAAACAAAUUGACUGCCAAGCAGAUGAACUGGAAGUAGAACUAAGAAGAGUUAUGAAUACAGGAAAUGAUCGAGAACGGGAAGAAUUUCUGAUGACAGAAUGGUUUACACUUGUUAAUAAGAAAAAUGCAUUAUUGCGUCGUCAAAUGCAGCUAAACAUUUUAGAAAAAGAAGAUGAUUUAGAAAGAAGAUACCAAUUACUUAUAGGAGAACUUCGAAGUAUAAUUGCAAUUGAUGAUUGGCAAAAGACAGAAGAGCAAAGACGUCGUGAAAAUUUAUUGUUAGCAGAACUAGUAAAUAUUGUCAAUAAACGGGAUGAGUUAGUACAUCAUUUAGAUUCUCAAGAAAGAGCAAUUGAAGAAGAUGAUAAAAUUGUGAGGGAUCUUAAUAGAUCUGGUCUGAUUCAUCAAAAUAAAAACUGUGUUGUACAGUAAUACAUAUUAUAUACGAAUAUUAUUAGAUAUUUUAAACAGUGAAAUCUUGUAUCUUGUGGAAAUUGUUAUACUUUGCUAUUUAUAUCUUUAAAAUCUUUUAGUUUUUUUUUUAUCUUUGAUUUACCUAUGUUAAGUAUUUAUUGUUUUUAUUAAGUAUACUGUAUACUAUUAUCUUUAUAAUAACUUACAUAACUUAAUACUGUUAAUUGAUUUAUUUUAACUGCACCGAUUUCUAUUUGAUGUUUUAAAAUAGUUUUUAUGGUGUUCUUGUGACAUUUAGAAUAUUUUUAUUUAUUAGCAAACAUCUAAUUUGAGUAUAUUUUUGUUAAAAAAAAAAACAAAUAUUGCUUGUUUAAUAUUUUUUAAACAUUGAAUAUACUCAUAAUAUGUUUAUGCAUGUUUUGACAUCUUAAUCAUAAAUGUGAAUUAUUCUACUUACAUCAAAUGAUUUAUUCGUAUAAUUUUUUGUUAUUGUUUUCAAUUAAUUAAUUUAGUUUAAGUUUAUUAAAAUUAUCUAGUCAGUAGUCCUAUUUGAUUUGAUUUAAAUUAUAGCCAUUUAAUGUCGAUUAGUUUUAAUAUUUAUUCAGUCAAAUUUGAUGAAUGAGGUUUGCUCAAUAAUGUAUUUUUGUUUUAUACUUAAUUACUAACAAUCCAUGAUUUUCUGUAAUACAACUUUUUUUUUUUUACCAUUACUUAUAAAUAUUAUACUAUGUUUGUUUUAAUAACUGUGUAUUAUAUAACAUCUUUGUCUAAAUAUGGUUUCCUAAAAUCAUUAAAAACCUUAUUUUGAUCAAAUUUAUUUCAAAAAAAAUUUCUAUUUGUUAAAAGUGAUGACAAAUCACAUAUUAAAGUUAUUUUAUUUUAAUUUAAUAAUAUUGGGUAAAAUGUACUCUUCACACUUUUUAAUUGAUCAAAAACAUUCAUUUGAUUUUACUCAAUGCAUUUUAUGUGUGUGUAAUUUCUUCUUCCUAACUAUGUGUCCUAACCUAACCUAACCCACUAACUAUGUGUCUUAGUGGGUUGUGUUCAAUAUCAUUUUAAUCUAAUAUUGUUUUGAAGAAAAUAAAUUGAAUAUUGGAUAAAUUAAUAUAUA